ACAAGAAAACGCCAUUAAAAAUCCCAAAUAAGUCGUUAUGAAAAACGAAAAUGCUAUUUGUCUUUUAAGUUUUAGUCUUUGGUUUAAAAAAUUCGGGAAGUUACUUACUUUUUAUUUUCUCUUCCACUAAAAGCUAAAUAAAGGACAAUUUUUAAAGGCAAAUAGAAUUCAAAAAUCUUCAAAUCUUUUGGAUUAAGAUAAGAAGAACAAAGAUAGUUCAAAGGAAUGAAUAUUAUUAACUAAGCAUAGGGUAAACAUAUUUUCUUGGUCACAGCAUCUAAAGUUGCAUGCCACAUAACACAACUUGCUAUCAUAUUCAUAUGUUCUUGUCAACCAUCCACAGUUUCCUUACCUUAUCCAUACAAACACUUUGCAUUGUAUCUCAAUUUUCUUUGUUAACAAGUGACUUAAUAGUUCAUUUUCUUUGCAUACUUUUCAGAUAUCAAUGAUGGCUGCAGCAUCAGCAAUAAUGUCUACUUCUACAAUGAUGGGAAAUGCUACUGUUUGCACCACAAGAAGGACGAAGAGAAGUGUUCACUACGUUGCAGGGUUGAAUUCUUUUGGAGGAUUGAAGGUGCAGAACAAUGUCACCUCAUUAGGCCAUUCAUUGUGCACUGAACAAUCCUUUGCAAAGGUUGUGAGCUCAUUGAAGGGAAAAUCCAAAGGUGGUGGUGGUGGAGGAGGAGCUACAUCUUCAACAAGCAAUGCUGCAGGUGAGAUUUUCCAGAUUGCAGCCAUCAUGAAUGGACUUGUUCUUGUUGGUGUUGCUGUUGGAUUUGUUCUUCUUCAAAUCGAAGCAUCUCUGGAAGAGGCUGCUGAGUGAGAAUAAGCUCAUGAAACAAUUUCAAUUUGAUUCAUAUAUUUAUUAUCUUCAAAGAGAUUGUAUCUUUCUUUCUGCUAGUCUUGAUGUGAAGUAGAACAUUAAAAAGAAAAA